GAUGAUUCUUGGAGACGAGAGAACUCACCAGGCUGCUUGCAGUUGUAGCACAAACGCUCACUGCUGGAGCAAACCUCGGCGUAGUGGCCGACAUUGCCGCACUUGUAGCAGGCACGGCGUGAAAGAGACGACAUCUCGAAAUGCGAUGUGACUUUUCCUUGAAACUUCUCCGUCUGGGUCGUCUGCUGCUUCUGCUGCUGCUGCUUCUUCACACCUCACACCUCUUCUGCCUCCGAAACCGCAAAAAGCGAACAAAGAAGCGAACUGUGAAUGACUUUGGUGACGUGAUAUGUUAUCCAAGAAAUAGAGAGGAGAAAGAGAGGAAAGAAGAAGAGGGAGGGAGGGGAAGGCGAUUGGCAAGCGUCAGAGCGAAAAUUACCAUUUUCCGUAUUGAGUGCCGAGUGUGGAGUAAUAAUGGAUGGAUCGAAACAUGUAUCGAUUGUGGGAUAAGUUGUCUCAUGCUUGACGUCAAGAUUUGGGUAAAAAAUUCUUUGGAAACGCCAGCUGGUGGGCCCAGAACGAACUCGCGUGUCGCGAGGCCGGGGCAAAACGGCACGUGUCUCGCUCGGAUCAAUGCAAGCGUUGUGCACCGGCGCACGCAACUGAUGACAGCCAGGUUUCCAAAAGUCCGAAAUCGAUCUUGAUCAGAGCAAAGGGAAGAUGAUAAACGUGUAUUUGAAAAGUUCAGGACUGUCGUUUUGCGCGCCGCGAUGGGAAGACGCGACGGUGGACAUUGAUGGUCAUUAUCUUGCUCAAUCCACAGGGUCGCAUCUU